ACACCUGAAGCAAAUUUCAGAUCAUUUAGUGUCAACAGUGUCAACAUAUCGGCAAAGUGAUACUGUUAUCUGUAUUUGCGAAUAUAUCAACAAAAGAUUUUUAUUUUCUGUUCCACCUCAUAUAAUCAAAAAAUGAGUGAUUCGGACGAUGAUUGGUUCAACAAGGACUUGAGUGAAUUUUCAAUCGAUGAAAAGCGUGACGACACUGAGUCACAGUCAAAUCCUAUUGUUGUACAUACAACAAAUGAUAACGCUGUCCAUUACGGCAACAGGACUCACCAAAUAAUGACGAGCACUCAACCAAUGUCCACCUCAAAAUUACGUCUUAUUACGGAACAAACGCCGGUCGUAGCUUUUUUGGAAAUUCUGCAACCUGAUUCCGGAUUUUUUCAGUGUUUAAAACGCAAAUCCAACUCACUCGCAACGAUAUUAUUAUUGGCAAAGGCAAUUUGUAACGGCUGUCGAGUUCCAUUCGACGAGAGUGUAAAAUGUUUAUGCGAUUUUUUGGUUGACGAACAGAACUUCUGGAAUCAAUGCAUCAAAUAUUUAACCGAAAGCACAUAUCUACCAACGAAAGCUCGGUCACAAAACGACGCAACGAUAAGUGACGGAAUGGAGAUUUGGAACGAUGUAAUCUCAUUAUGUCGUACGAUUGUGAACCAUGAAAUUCGUGUACGCAAAACGUUCCUGAAGCAAGUCAUUCAAUUGAUCGAAAAUAACAAAAACGAUCUGCUGUUACUCGAUCAACAUAUGAUCGAAUUAAAUACGUUUUUGCAUUACGAACAACCGCGAAGUUCACGGAACUUGCUUCCGUCGCUUGAGGAAAUUAAAAGCGGAAAUCUAUCAGAAAGAAAUGUCACAUUUUUUAAUGGAAAAUACAAAGACAUUUCGCAGUACAAGGAUAUUCAUUUAGCACUUCUGCGCGUAGACUUUUUACUACCGAUAAGAUGCACAGUCGAGAAAAUCAUUUCAAAAGAAGACACCAAAGAUCCUUGUGUCUAUCGUCAUGUGGAAAUAUUGAUCACACAAAAGGAAUACAGAACUAUCAGCCGAAACGAAGUGAAGAAAACUGUUUGCAUCGUUGCUGAUCUAGAAUUGAAACGACGGAAGACAAUAACUGGCCCAUCCUACUACUCUGUUAAGGAUUACAAUCAACACUUUACACCCGGCUCCUUGCUUUUCUUCACAACGUCUGACGAAUUCAAUGAUUUGAUCAUAGCGAAAGUUCAAAGUCGCAACUCAGCACUGCUGAAACGAGGCUAUAUCGACAUCGUGAUCGUUAAGACGUAUAAUAUUGAGAGUGUAUUCGAACAAAGUUUCAUUAUGUACGAGAGACACCCAUACUUUUACCGAGAAAUUUAUGAGGUUCUGAAGAAUUUCACUGAAAAUACGUUUCCGCUGCGAGAAAAUUUGAUUGGCGUUGAUACGAACAUUGGCUAUCCUUCGUAUGUCCCAGAUCAACAAAAAGUGAUUUACAAAUACCGCAAGCAUAAAGUUGAUAUUAAAAAUCCAACGUCAUGGUCAUCAUCGGAAGCUGCAGCGACUACCUUCAAUUUAGACGCGAGUCAACUGAACGCAUUACAACGUGCGCUCACUCAAAAACUAUGCGCCAUUUCAACAUCAAAUCACGAUGAAAGUGUUGUAAUUGCUUCCGAGAUCAUUGCGAUGCUCUUUCACAACACCGACCGUCGAAUCCUAAUUGUGUGUCAUUCCGGAAAAGCAUUGACGAAAAUUUUGGCAGACGUUGAGAUGUACACCGACAACAUAGCUCGAAUAGCGAGUCAUAACAUAAACGAUGAAUUGGACCAUUUCAAUCUGAAUCAAAUUCAAUCGAAUCGUCCAGGCGUAGGCAUUUGGAAAUUGAUUAAUGCUUAUCGAUACACACUUCAUAGCGGCUACCGCGAUGCAGUGAACGAAUUUACAGAACUGCAAUUGAAACAGGCCGAAAUGCAAGACAAUUUUAUGGACAAAUAUCUGAGGAUUCAGACGCAACUGGAAUCAUUCUCCAAGCGGUUGGAUGAAAUGCGACAAAUUGCGGACUUUGAAUCCAUCAAAUCGAAACGCAUUAUCGGAAUCACAGGCUAUGGCGCUUCGAAGUUUCAGGCUUUAAUUCAACUUCUUCAAUCUCCCAUAGUGAUAAUUGAAGGGGCUCACAACAUCUUAGAGGCCCAUACUAUUGCCACAUUAACAACAAAUUUGGAACAUUUAAUUUUAAUCGGGCAGAAACGGAUGUCGAAUUUCGGGCGUCAUACGAGUACAUUUGCUUUGAGUAAAAUUUAUAACGUAAAUUUUUCGUUAUUUGAACGCCUGUUAAUCGGAUCGGGUCAAUCGACCCAAUCUACCAAGAAAGUAACUAGCCGAGGAGGUCCAUCGAUUUUGGAUAUUCUCUACACGCGAAAAAAAUCGGAGAGGCCAGUUUUGAUGGGCAUAGAAAAAUUUGUCUUUGUACUUGAACACAGAAAAGGAAUAUCAAAUCCCAUCGAAUUCGAAUCGCAUUUUAUUCUGGCUCUCUGCAACUAUUUCCUCAAACAAGGCUAUGAUCACAGUGACAUCGUUAUGGUGGCCAUGAAUUGUCACCAGAUGCAGCGAAUCAUAGAUGACCGCAAGAUCUACGAAGAUCGUGUCGACGAAUUCACGAAUUUAUGCAAAGUUCGCGUUGAUUUCGUUAUGAAUUUCAAGGAGAAAAAUAACGGAAUCGUCCUAUUGUCAACGACACAGACCAAAGACGAUAAUUCAUCGAAACUGUCUCAAGAAAUCCAAAAUCUUUUUUCUAAAGCAAAACUGGGCGUCUUUGCUAUUGGAUCGUUACCCACCGAUAAACAUUUGAAAAAAAUUGGAAAAGCCAUUGUGGCAGAAGCUGCAAUCAAUGUCGAAAUGGAAUUAUUUUGUCAAACUCAUGGCAAUGUCACAACGGUCAAAGAGGCAACGGACAUCGAUAAAUUACAAUUUGGAGGUUGUGAGACAAUUUGUAAUCAACCACUACCUUGUGGGCAUCUGUGCAAAAAUAUCUGUCACACAGGGAAGUAUUUGCAUCAAGAGUGUCUAUGCAGUGGAAGCUUCCAGUAAUUUACAGAUUGAAGAAUAAAACUUCCAGAAUAAGUUGAGAACAAAAAGAAAUUUUGAAUAAUACAAUGAAAUAUGUGCCGAAGUUACUGUGUCUUCACUAAAGUUUGAACUGAACCUCGAACUGAAUCGGCAAAAAAAAGAGAAGUUAAGUU